AUGGCGGCCGCCGGCCUGCCUGACGUUGACUUCUCACAGAUAAAAACGCGCUCCAUCGAGAGAACCCUGCUCCCCCUCAUAAAGCAGAUCAGCAGUCUGGUGGCAUCGCGCGGCGAGGCGGCGGCCGGCGGCGCGGCCGUGCAGCGGGUGGGCGCCGCCGUGUGCUGCGCCGUCGAGCGCUUCGUGGCCGUGGGCGAGACCAUUGCCGACGACAACCCCGACGUGCGACACAGCAUGGUGCUCGCCUGCAAGGAGGCCAGGGCUGCAGGUCGCGCAAUUGAACGUGUGUGCGCGGGCGCCGACGGCACAGGCAUGGUGUCGGCGGCGCGCGCGCUGCUGGCCGCCGUCACGAGGGUGCUGCUACUCGCAGACAUGGUCGUCGUCCGACAACUACUGCUUGCUAAAGACAAGGUGGCGCGUUCGCUGGACCGUUUGGAGUCAGUGUCGAACUUCGCGGAGUUUGUGCGCGCCUUUACGGAGUUCGGCGGAGGCAUGGUGGAGCUAGCGCGGCUGACGGCGGAGCGGCGGGCGGACCUGCGAGAUGAACGCCGAAGAGCACAAGUAGCCGCCGCCAGGAAUGUUCUCGAACGCUCUACACUUAUGCUCCUCACUUCCUCAAAAACGUGCAUGCGGCACCCCAGCAGCGCGUCGGCGCGGGAGAACCGCGACACCGUGUUCUGUCAGAUGCGUCGAGCCAUGGACCUCAUCCACUACGUCGUGAGAGACGGCCUACCAGGACACGACGACCAGUCACACGAGAUGAAACCUUUCUCGGAUAGUCAUGAACAGGCUGCGCAAUGGGAGGCGGGCACAGCGUUGGGCGCUUUACGAGGCCUGACGGGCCAAGUGAGGACGGCGCGAGCUCGAGGCGGAGCUGACGUCACGAGGAGACGAUCCCUCGCCUCCACACUCCGAGCACUCGUGGAACGCACACACGACUUCACAGACUCCGCGUACACGUCGCACGAACAUCGGCAACGAAUACUUGCACUCGCCGAAAGAAUAGCUUACGAAUUAGAAAGACUAGUCGCCGUCGCCGUGUCUCUGGAAGAACAAGGUGCUACUGGUAGUGCAACGGCACUGGAGAGCGCAUGUACGGGUGCUACGAGUGCUGCCUCCGAUCUUGAACGCGCGUUAGUCGCUGCAGCGCGCGAUCAGGCGCGAGACCUCGCCCCCCUCGCCGACGAGGCGAAGAGGCUUGCCUCCGACCUCGCAUAUAUAGGUAAACAAGCAGCUAGUUCCUGUGGUGAGAGAGAAUCAGAGAGACUGCACAGUAUAGCCAGCCGGCUCCAUGAACAAUUAGAUCACAUAAUAGAGGUUUGCAAACUAUUAAGGCAUAUAGCGAUGUCAGAAACUCUACAAGUGAGUGCGAAGUUUGCAGAAAUAAAUCUUAGAAUAUACGGUCCGCAAGUGGUGACCGCAGCGCGGACGCUGGCCGCGCACCCGGGCAGUACGGCGGCGCGGGAGAACCUGGACGUGUUCGUGGACAUGUGGGCGUGGCUGCUGGCCGACGCCGCGCGCCUGGCCCGCGAGCUGCUCGACCUCACCGACGACCGACCUGAUAAGCAGCAGUACAGUAGUCUGCCAAGGCCUGGAAAACACGGUACGACGAGUAAACCUCUAAAAGCAGUAAGGCUGGAUUCAGAUGAGCAAGCAAAAAUCGCGAAGUCUGGAUUAGAAAUGAAAAUGAUGUCCUCUGAAAUGGAUGCCGAGACUGAAAAAUGGCAAGGUGCAGCUGCUGAUGAAAACAACGACAUUGUGAAGAGGGCAAAAAAUAUGUCUUCCAUGGCCUUCGCUAUGUACCAAUUCACAAAGGGUGAAGGCCGUCUAAACACUACUCAAGACCUCUUCACACAAGCGGAAUAUUUCGCGGAGGAGGCCAAUAGGCUUUAUAAAAUUGUUCGGCAAUUUUCUUAUCAGGUACCUGCAGGAGCAACGAAAAAGGAACUCCUUGAGCAUCUAGAUAAGGUCCCGACGUAUGUCCAGCAGCUACAGUUCACGGUAAAGGAGCCGACGGUCGGGCGGGCAGCCACCUUCAGCAAAGUAGACAACGUGAUACAGGAAACCAAGCAUCUUAUGAAUGUUAUAAGUAAAGUCGUCACAACAUGUUUCGACUGCGCAAACAAGUACAACCUUGACUUCACGGGGCUGACAGCGGGCGGCGCGAGCGCAGGCGGGCGCGGCACGGCGCGGGACGAGGACGCGGGCGGCGGCGGCGGCGGCGACGCCAAGCCGGGGGGGAGCAGCUCCGACACGGCCAUGUGACAGUACGGCAUGGGCCGGCGCGGCAAGGGCGACGCGCGCCGGACCAGGGUCAGCUUCCUCUUGUUUUAAAGACUUUAACGUCUUAAAACAAAACGUCGCCUUAGGUCGGGCGCACCGGCACUACACUCGUACCCAUAAAACUGUACUACGAUGCCCUUAAUAGUUUUAGUGGAUUGAAGGCUUGACAAAUGUGAUUUUUAAUGGCAACUAUUGGCUAUUCGGUUGAUUUCGAAACACAGAUAUUAGGUAUCUAGAUGAAGAAGUUAAUUGAACAGGAAUGAAAUAGGUAAGAAAAAUAUGAUGGUGACACAACGAAUAGCAUUCUGUACAGUUUUAUGAAGUACAAGUUCGGUGCCGGCGCUAUGGACCACACGCAAUAAUGUUUAACUGUAAACAAUGCCUACACGCAGUUAAAUGUCAGUGCGUGUGGUACUAUCACCCCGACAACCCUUGCUGUCAAAUGAUAAUAAUUCGCGAAAAAUUGCGAUUAUUGUAUUGUUUGCAGCAACAUUAGUGAUAAUAAGAUGGACAGUACGAUAUACUAAGUAAGUUUCUGCAGAGCACUUGCGACACACAAAGCGUCUUAUCUAUUCAAAUCUUAGUAUUUUUACUCUUAAUGCUAGCUAGCGAGCGUGCGGACGCGACGCCUUUGGCUGUGGAUCGACAGUAAUAAAUAGUUUAAUAUAAUCAAUUGUUGUUAAAACUGGAGCCUUUAACGUUAACACCACAAUAUUUAAUAUAAAUUUUCUCUAACGUAGAUUUCAGUGCUAAUAUAUUCUAUUAAUAGAGUCGAGUCAUUUACAAAGCUGUUACAGAGUUAUUAUUAUUAAAUGCCUCGAAUAGAACAACUUGUGAUCAAUAAUUAAGAAGAGUGAAAUCGUACAAUAAAUAUAAUACUUGUUACACUUUCAUAAUGUUACACAUUGUUACAAUUAAUACGUAAACAACACAGAGAAGCAUAUUUUUUUAAGUUUCCCUCUCUUAAGCCUUUACAAUAAGUACUUUUAAUCCAACUGUCUCUUACUAUGUACCUACUAACUAUACUUUAGUCGUCCUUACUAUUGUUUACACCUAAGCUACCCACUUCUCUGCGCACCCUCUGCACUGUCCGUAUUCCUGUUGCACUUUACUUUGCGUUGUGCACGUUUGCUUCCUCACUUUCUUUUGGCGUCGAUGGAUUUAUUUUGGAAACAUGCUACUUUACCACAUUAUACUUCAAAACGACACAGUGUUACUCUUGCAUUCGAUGUUAUCGCAUUUUAGUCAUUUCUCCUUCUACGAAUUCGUGUACAUACAUUAGAAUACGGUCAUGUUGACAUUAACGUAUGCAAGUGCCCGUGCGGCGUGUAAACAUUGCAUGAUUGUGAAUCGGAACAAAUAGAUGUGUGUUGCAUGUGUGUACCGUGGUUAAAGUAAUGGAUGUCGUACGUCAUCUUUCCGACGGAGAGGAUGUUUAAAGUUAAGAUGAGGGAAAAUUGACUCUGGUGGUUGCAUCAGCAACUCCCACGUCGCCCAGAAACACAGUGUUAUAUAGACCCAGAACCAGGCAGCGGGCGCAGAAUGCGGGCACUCGCGGGCCCCGCAUGCAUGCCCAUGUGACUGUUGUCGGCUGACAUGCAUGUAGCGCGCAUCGCGGCAUGCUGCAACAUCGCUGAUAGGCUGCUACAAUCAUGACUUACAGCAAUAAUCAACAUAUCAGUUUGUAGGUUUAUACAUCCAGCUGCCUACAGGCGAACGACGAAGUCGUUAUUUAGUGUGUAAGAGCUUUGUUGUUAAUAUUAUAAUAACCGUGCCUAAAUACCGACAGUUCAGUAGACUAUAUUUAUUUACACGAUGAAAAUAUUUAAUAGUACUUAGGUCCAGAGCAGUAGCUUAUAUCAUAUCGUUGUAUAAGUAAAUCAGCAAAUACUACAAAUGGGUAGAUAUUUAUUGCAAUAUUUUCUUAGCCUGAUCAAGGUAAGGGCGUGGAGAUACCUAGGGUAAUGGAAUAGGUAUGUCGUGUAAGUAGUGUGUAAGUGCCCACAGUGUGCCACAUCCCACAGUAUCAGUAGUCCCGCUUAGCCACCGCUCCGACGGCGCCCGCACUGUCUCGCCGGCCCCGGUGCCUGUCUUCUGUGCUCGAGCUCACUCAACACCGGUCUAUAUAACACUUCGCUUGUUUCAUGCAUACUUUUAGCAUUUACUCUUUCUAACUUACUACGUGAGCAAUGUUUGUUGGCUUUCAUAUUCUAGUUAUAUCUAACGAAAUUGUUAUCUAAUACAAUACUGACUACUUUUAACUAAUCUUUAAUCUUGUUUAUUGCCUUCUUAGUUAUUUUAUAGUCCUAAUAUAUUAAUCUAGUUACUUAUUAUAAUGUAUCUUUAAGACAGUUUCAAUUGUAAUACGAAAUGAUUAGAUUAGUCACCCACAAUAUUUAAUAAACUAAUGUAAAGAGCUUGACGAAGCUUUAUAAUGAAGAGUUGUGAAUCGAACAUGUGGCCACGUAACGAUAGAAACAAAGAUUAGCAUAAACUGCUUUGACUGUUAAUAACAAUUAAGUUUAUUAAGGAUUUUCACUAAUUUUAGAGAAGCGACAUUGUUGAUCGAUCGAGGGCAAAAUUGUUUAAAGAGAUUGCUUUCACCUAAAUUUUAAUACAUUGAAGAUUGCAGAUGCUCUAGACUAGUUCUAAUAUAUGAAGCUGGUUUAAUUCAAAGCUAUCUGAAACGUCGCUAAUGCAAUCAUAUUUUGUUCAAAGAAUUGUGCCAAACAAUUCUGCAUCUAGCAUGGUUUUGGGGAUGAAAGUGUUCAUUAAACUAGACAUUGUCGGAAACAUUAAAGAGCUAGAUAACAUUAUGUGGGAGAAGACCUCCGUAGCAGUGCAAUUAACAGUCACUGCAUCUUCAUGGUCAUUUCAUGGUAUAAAUUGAACGAAUACAUGGUAUAAUUUAUGAAUCGCUUAUAGUAUCAUCGGAUAACGUAUAUUGUAGGUCGUGAAUACAAUAGCUGUGCCAUUGUGCCUCCUCGCGUAGAAUAGUACCAGCGUAGCAAGGGCGGUUAGCCGGGUAGCACCAACACAAAACAUAUUCCGCGUGAAUUGUUUCAUUUGUCAAACAAUAAUAGUGAGCUACACAAUAAUUGACAAUCAUCAUUAACGAUAUCAUAAUUUAUUGAAUAGUAUAUAAGUAGAGUUUAGCGAUACAGUGAUUUGUGAUAUUACAAGAUACUUAUCGAGAUUUAGUACAACGUCCUUUAAUUUCAAAGUUUUUAUAGUAAUUAACUUUAGUAACACGAAUGAACACCAAAAUAGUUAAGAUAAAUAUAGACAAGGUAUAUAGUUCGGAACAUUGCCGAGAGGACAUUAGAGAAUCUUCUAUUUUAAUUAGAUUAGUAGGCAACAUCCGCUGAAACCAACUGCCUAUAUGCGAAUCAUCACAUAGCAGCUGAUGACACAUUGGUUCAAGCGCAGUUCAAUUAGUUAGUAAAAAUUAUGGCCUGUGGAAUAAUAUCACCUACCUCGAUGCUGAGCAAUCUAACGCAAAGAUACAACUUAGGAGUAAGAUAAAUUAUAAUAUAAAACGAUUUCUUUGCACUUAUCAUGCGUAGAAUCAUUACUAGUGGCUGAGUUUAUGUUACAAAGUUAAUAAAUAAAUCCUAAUAAAAAGUGAGCUUCCGUGAGUUGAAUGCCUAAUAGACGAGUCCUUGUCACGCGUUAUUUGUAUGACGCAACACAAUUGCAAUAAAUAGAACAUAUUAUAUUAAUCCUACAUAAUAAGUCUAAUAACACACAUAAAAUGAUGUGCAAAGUAAAUUAUAUUAACUACAUAUAUUUUCUAUUAAUCUCUUACAUGUAAUGUGUAAAUUGAUUACCAUGAAGGAGUAAAACCCCGAUUAAUAAUAGAUAAUGUAAAUAAAUUAAUUUUGAUAGAAUUUAAUUCAGUGAAGAUGUCUUAGUUAAAUCACGUAUUAUCGAAUACUUUAAAACAACUUAAUGUUACUUUGUGUAUAAAGAUUUUAUUGUCGAUAAACUGUUGUGAUUGUUAUAAUAUAUUUGAAGUUGCAUUUUCAUUAUUAUAAGUAGAAGUAUAUUUUCCAUAGUGCUGCCAAAGAUAUUUAAUAAUAUAUCUAGAUGUAGUAAUAUUGUUUACAUAACAGAUAUUUUGAGGUUGUUCGUGAAUUUAUGGAUUGUAUUUUGAUGUGGUCGACGAAUGUAAUAACACUGUGUACGUGAUCUAUUACAUCACCAAAUAAAAGGAGAAUUCAUACGAGAAA